GUAUUCUUCUAUUCGCCAAAUGCCGUAACCUAUAUAAGUCAGCACAGUAAUACGUCCCUGAUUGGAUCUUUACCUACUCGCCAGCCAAUCAAAUCAGAUCGAAUGCGCCGUAAAGAGCAACAGCUUUACCUAAAGAGACGACUUACCCUUUUUCAGCUCUUUGUUGCUUUUCAGUUGGGUACUAGGUACUGACCUAAGCAAAUGAGGCUGUAAUACAAUGCGAUGCAGCACCGUUGUUGUACGCCUAGUAGGUAGGUAUGUAUGAUGUAUAGGACUCGGCGGUAUAUCGUCUCGAGUAUAAAGCAUGUCUAAAGCCUCUACAAUGAGUGCAGGCAGAUCUUGCACUACCUACCUUCCUAUUCAUAGACAGUGACCGGUGACUUAUCGAACAUGUUACCUCGCAACAGACUCACUUCAGUCCUCCUCACACUCGCGAUUCAAGCCAGUGCAGCAAGCAUCCGUCAGACUUAUAACACGACGGAACUUCAAUGGGGCCCUUGCCAGCUGAACACCACGCUCCUAGUGCAAUGCGCGAAGCUGCUCGUCCCGCUCGACUAUACCGACAAGAUUGGCAAUCGGACACUUAGUCUGGAUGUUAUCAAGUACCCAGCCCAGAAAGAACCGAAACGAGGGAGCAUCAUCCUCAACUUCGGUGGUCCGGGACAGGAUGGCCUUAAUAGCAUGUUGAGCUAUGCGCCUAUCAUGGGGCCGGUAACUGGAGGCUACCAUGAUCUCAUCAGUUUCGACCCCAGGGGUACUGGCAACACUCUCCGUUUCUCCUGCUGGCCCGACGACCCUACCAACUACUAUGCCGUACUUGGAAGCAAAAUGGCCGGAUCAGCAGACUCGGCUAUAGGCACCAUCUGGGCGGAGGGCCAGAUAAUCGCCGACAAGUGCUAUAGCCAGCUAGGGGAGACGGGCGAGCUGGUCGGAAUGGCGUUUGCGGCGAGGGAUAUCAUGUCCAUUGUUGACGCCCUCGGCGAAGAUGGCUUGCUUCGAUAUUGGGGUAUCUCAGGGGGUACUACCAUGGGAGCCACAGUCGCCGCCAUGUUCCCUGACCGGGUCGAUAAAAUCGUGCUAGAUGGCGUUAUGAACGCCCAUCAGUACUAUAACUCCUACGGCGAACCAGAGAUGACCGCUUCCACCGACGCAACCUGGGAGGCCUUCAUGCGGGGCUGCAUCGCGAACCCAUCCAACUGCGCCCUAGCUCACAACCGCACAUACGCCUCGCUCGAGGCCACCAUGUGGGACCUCCUCACCACCAUCCGCAACAGCCCGCCCGUCUUCGCAGGCACCUACGUGCUCGACUACUCGACCUUCAAGAGCUUCCUCUUCAACUCCCUGUACUCGCCCUCCCACUGGCCCUCUGUCGCCCUCGCCCUCGACGACCUCCUCAACGGCAACCUCACGACGCUCGCCACGCUCAUCCUCGGCGGCGGCGGGAUCCCGCAGCAGGACCAGGCGAUCCUCGGCAUCCGGUGCGGCGACAAAGCGCUCCGCACAGACGUGCUAGCGGACCUGGAGCCCGAUUUUGCGGCGUACAAGAGCGAGAGUGGCUGGUUCUGGGAUUGGGCGUGGGGCGCGUACGUGCUGCCGUGCGCGCAGUGGCGGACGCGGGCGCGCGAGCGGUACGAGGGCGGGUUCUGGGGCGUGAGGACGCGGAACCCGGUUUUGUUCGUGGGGAACACGUACGAUCCCGUCACGCCGAUCGUGUCGGCGAGGAAUAUGAGCGCGGGCUUUGAGGGCAGCGUGCUGCUGACGCAUGAUGCGUGUGGGCACACGAGUAUACCACAGCCGUCGAACUGUACAAACGAGGCUAUUCAACGUUACUUUCUCGAGGGCACGAUGCCCGCGCCCGACACCAAGUGUCACCCUAAUGUGCCGGUUUUUGACCCUAAAUUAUGAAUAGUCUAAGGUUUAAUAGAUUAGUUUGCGGUGGCGGUCGUUUGAUCACGUACGGCGUAUUGGUUUUGGACAUAGUUUGUGUGGUUACGAGGGGCUGUCUGUUUUAUCAUACAUAUGAAUGUACUCCAGGGCUAUGUAGGUAUGUAGUAUUUACAUGUACGUGUAUACCUACCAAUAGUGCAAUACAUACAUCUAGCAGUAGCAACCUGGGCACUUAUAAGAUAAGAAGUUGGG